GUGUUGACCACCAGCCUGGUCAAGUGGCAACAGGAGAAGGAGGAUUUACAAGAAAAAUUGAAGUUGGGAGAACAUCGGUCUCAACCUGCUGGCAAUAGUGCAGCCACACCAGCUCCUUCAAAUAACAUUGAUUUAGAGAUAAAACAGCUGCAGUGCAAACUAAAGAAUUCGAAUAAUGACAUCAUUAAGCAGUCGACCACCAUUAAGUCACUAAAACACGAAGUCCAGGAAAAAGAAGAACGGAUUCAGGAGCUACAAGCAAAGAUUCCUCGACUGGAGAGAGACCUUAAUAUGAAAAGACAUUUGAUAGAAGACUUAAAGUCUCGUCUAAAAGCAAAUCAAGAAAAUGAGAAAACCUCUAAUGAAACAUUAGAAAGUCUUGAGAAAAAGGUAAAGACACUGUCUGAAGACUGUUCAAACAAAAAGGUUUACAUUGACAUACUGAAACAGAAACUUAAUGUAGCUGCAAAAGAGAAGUCUGAGUAUGAGGAGAUGUAUCACAAAGCUAAAGAUGAGUUGAAGAAGAAGGAUCUCAAGUUUACCGAUCUAGAAAGCAAAAUGGUUGAGACUGAAAGUGCCAUGACUGAACUUGAGACUUCUACAUCUCAGCAACUACAUUGCUUGGCUAAACACACUGAACAGGCUUUGGAAACUUUACAGAAGAAGCUGCUGCUCACCAGUGACAAAGUAGAGGAGUUCGUGACAUUUGUGAAGGUUCUAACCAGAGAGUUACAGCGCAGCGUACAAGAGCUGAGAAUAAAAAUCAGACAGGCAAAAAACAAGGGUGAAGGGAGACUGUGCAAAAAGGGUCUUUCCCACGAGUCUUUUCGGUUGGCAGCGUCUAUUCUUAAAGUUUCGACAGCUGAUCUUGAGGAGGUAUUAGGAGAUGAUGAGGAGACAGCAAAGACAAGAAUGGAGUUUGAAAAAGAUAAAGAAUGGCUGCAGCGUAUACAGAAACUUCUUGAAGCACAG